CUCUCCCGUGCCAGGAUGUCGGCCAGCCGCUCCCGCAGGCCCCGCAACUCCCGCUCCCGCCGCUCGAUCUCGGCGCCCAGCCGCACCGCCUCCGCUCCGCCCGCCAUGCCGGACAAAAUGGCGGCCGGGGCUCGCUUCCGCUUCCGGCCGGUCGCUUCCGGCCGGCGCCGAUUGGCCGGGCGGGCCGGCCGCGGGCAGCGCCGCGACAUGGCGGCGGGGGGCGCCGGGCGGGUGUCGGUGCUGCUGCCCACGUACGAGGAGCGCCACAACCUGCCGCUCGUCGUCUGGCUGCUCGUGCGCACUUUCCAGGAGAGUGGAAACGACUUUGAAAUUAUCAUCAUCGAUGAUGGGAGCCCGGACGGCACGCAGGAAGUUGCUAAACAACUGGAAAAGAUAUAUGGGUCGGAUAAAAUACUUUUAAGACCCAGAGAAAAGAAGUUGGGCCUUGGCACUGCUUACAUUCAUGGAAUGAAGUACGCCACUGGGGAUUUUAUUGUUAUUAUGGAUGCUGACCUCUCUCACCAUCCAAAAUUUAUUCCAGAGUUUAUCAGAAAGCAGAAAGAAGGCAAUUUUGAUAUUGUGUCUGGGACAAGAUAUAAAGGAAAUGGAGGAGUACAUGGCUGGGAUUUGAAAAGAAAGUUAAUCAGUCGUGGAGCCAAUUUUAUAACUCAGGUUUUGCUGAGGCCGGGUGCAUCAGAUUUAACAGGGAGUUUCAGGUUAUACAGAAAAGAAGUCUUACAGAAACUAAUGGAAAAAUGUGUUUCUAAAGGAUAUGUCUUCCAGAUGGAAAUGAUUGUUCGGGCCAGACAGCUAGGAUAUACUAUUGGAGAGGUUCCUAUUUCAUUUGUGGACCGUGUCUAUGGAGAAUCCAAACUGGGAGGCAAUGAAAUAGUCUCCUUCUUAAAGGGACUCUUGACCUUGUUUGCUACAACAUGAGACUCUCUAAAAAAAUUAAUCUAGAAUAAAAACAUUUUCUGACUUCUGUGUGGCUUUUAGCAUAUGAUAGCAGAAGCUUGAUAAUGUGCCUGGUGACCAGAAGACCCUCUAUGAUAACUGAACUGCACGUUAAACUAGUCAAAGUAAAGACUGAUAUCCUAUGCCUUUUAAAAAAAAUAAUGAAG